CUCUACCAUUCAUUUCCAGAGCAGGGACUUUUCACGCUGGUGCCCUGUGAACUCUGGUGGAAGUCAGUCAACAGCUGCUGUGUCUGAGUUGCUCAGAGGAGAGAGAAUGGCUUGCACUGAGUUUUCUUUCCACGUGCCAAGUCUGGAGGAGCUCGCAGAAGUUUUGCAGAAGGGGCUAAAGGACAACUUUGCUCAUGUCCAGGUCUCUGUGGUCGACUGCCCAGAUUUAACAAAGGAGCCAUUUACCUUUCCUGUAAAAGGCAUCUGUGGGCAAACUAGAAUUGCAGAAGUCGGAGGUGUGCCUUACUUACUGCCUCUUGUAAACAAAAAAAAGGUUUAUGACCUGAAUGAAAUUGCCAAAGAAAUAAAGCUGCCGGGAGCGUUUAUCCUUGGAGCGGGGGCAGGUCCCUUUCAUACGCUCGGGUUCAAUUCUGAGUUCAUGCCAAUAGUUCAAACAGCAAGUGAACACCACCAACCUGUGAAUGGAAGUUACUUUGCCCGUGCAAACCCUGCAGAUGGAAAGUGCCUGCUGGAGAAAUACAGCCAAAAGUAUCCUGACUUCGGAUGUGCAUUACUGGCUAACCUUUUUGCCAGUGAGGGCCAACCUGGCAAGGUCAUUGAAGUACGAGCCAAGAAAAGAACAGGAGAACAUAACUUUGUGAGCUGCAUGAGGCAGACUCUGGAGAAGCACUAUGGUGACAAGCCCGUGGGCAUGGGAGGCACCUUCCUUGUGCAGAAGGGGAAAGUGAAAGCCCACAUCAUGCCAGCAGAGUUUUCUUCCUGCUCACUGAACUCAGACGAAGCUGUCAAUCAAUGGCUAAACUUCUAUGAGAUGAAGGCGCCUUUGGUUUGUCUGCCAGUUUUUGUUUCCAAAGACCCGGGGCUUGAUUUACGACUGGAGCACACACAUUUCUUCAGUCAUCAUGGAGAAGGUGGGCACUACCACUACGAUACCACCCCAGACACAGUGGAGUAUCUCGGCUACUUCUCGCCUGCACAGUUCCUCUACCGAAUUGACCAGCCCAAGGAGACCCAUGCCUUUGGGAGGGAUUAAAGCAGCUGCUGCUUGAUUGGGGGAAAAAUGGUUAGCUAAGGUUAUAUUGCUAACCCAGCAAUUGACAGUAAUUAAAAAA